UAAUCAUCAACAUAUUUUCUUUCAGUUCAGUAAACUGAAGAAAACGCAAACAUGAGUCUCACUGGAAAAGACAAAACAGUGGUGAAGAACUUCUGGGAUAAAGUUGCCCCGAAGUCCGCUGAGAUUGGAGGAGAGGCUCUGGGCAGGAUGCUGACUGCAUAUCCCAUGACCAAGACCUACUUUUCUCACUGGGCUGAUCUGAGUCCUAACUCUGCGCAGGUGAAAAAGCAUGGCGCUACCAUCAUGGCAGCAGUUGGAGACGCCGUCGGGAAGAUUGACGACCUUGUCGGCGGUCUGUCUGCCCUCAGCGAGCUGCAUGCUUUCAAGCUCAGAGUGGACCCUGCCAACUUCAAGAUCCUUUCUCACAACAUCAUCUUGUGCAUGGCCAUGUUCUUCCCCGGAGAGUUCACUCCCGAAGUCCACGUCGCCUUUGAAAAGUUCCUGCAGAACGUGGCUUGGGCUCUGUCCGAGAGAUACCGCUAAGAUCCAGGAAUGCCGGAGCAUCGACUGCAGUAUGCUGUCUAUCAUCUACAACAGUGUCUCUCAAAAUGGUAGAGCUCCGUUAAUAAAUGUAAUAAACACUGGAAGUUA